CUUACUGCAAAUACAGAUAUGGGCUAUCAAUGAUGUCUUUGUUUGGCUCUGGACUUUAUGGAUUCAUUAAUGUGACACUGAAGACAAGCUAAGGACAUCAUGGACAAACAGGAUUCAGAUAUGGGAUUAUCAUCAGGCUGAACUUUACAUCAAGAGGAGAGAGCUGCAAAGAGUGAAGCAUUAAAGACAACUACUGCUGGAUAAACUACGAUUAAGAAAACUAAAUGUUAAAUUUAUCUCCUUGUAAUGAUGGAAAAAGGAUCCUAAGGCUCUCAGACAUAACGGGGAAGGAAAAGGAGUAAAAGAGGGAGUUUAGAGAAGAAAUAAAGGAAGAAGAGAAAGAAGAAAACGGAAAGAAAAGGGAGUGAACAUCUUUCCAUCUGAGACCAGAAGUGGAAAAAAUAGUUAGUACGAUCAGCUAGAAGGACACAUUAGAAGAAUUUUGUUAAAAUUAUAUGAACCUGUUCAUAAUGUCGUCGGUGAGCAUCGUGGAUGGCAGUGUGUCUGACCACGGCUCUGACCAAAGAAACAAAGUAAAGAGAGCCGUACGGAUAUCUUCAGUGGUCGCUCAUGAGGUGCUAUCUCUAGGUGCUGACGUAUUACCAGAGUACAAGCUGCAGACUCCAAGGAUCCAGAAGUGGACCAUCCUUCAUUACAGUCCUUUUAAAGCGGUGUGGGACUGGGUCAUCCUGCUGUUAGUGAUCUACACGGCCAUAUUCACCCCGUACUCGGCCACCUUUCUGCUCAGUGACCAGGAGGAGGCAGCCAUGCAGACCUGCGGGUACUCGUGCUCCCCGCUAAACGUGGUCGAUCUGAUUGUGGACAUCAUGUUCAUCGUCGACAUCAUCAUUAACUUCAGGACCACAUACGUCAACUCCAAUGACGAGGUGGUGAGUCAGUCCUCUCGGAUCGCCGUCCACUACUUCAAAGGAUGGUUUCUAAUCGACAUGGUCGCCGCCAUCCCCUUUGACCUGCUCAUCUACCGUUCAGGAGAGGAGGUGGUCCGAGGAGGGGGAGAAGGAGAGACCACGACUCUGAUUGGCUUGCUGAAGACGGCUCGGCUGUUACGAUUGGUCCGUGUAGCCAGGAAGUUGGAUCGAUACUCAGAGUAUGGAGCGGCUGUCCUCUUCCUCCUCAUGUGCACCUUCGCCCUCAUCGCUCACUGGUUGGCCUGCAUCUGGUAUGCCAUAGGUAAUGUGGAGCGGACCACCUCGGCUGGGAUUGGCUGGUUGGCCACGCUGGGCGACCAGCUGGGGAAGCCGUACAAUGAAUCCAUCAUGGGGUCGGGUCCGUCGAUCAGAGAUAAAUACGUCACGGCGCUGUAUUUCACCUUCAGCAGUCUGACCAGCGUUGGCUUUGGCAACGUUUCCCCGAACACCAACUCAGAGAAGAUCUUCUCCAUCUGCGUCAUGCUGAUCGGAGCUCUCAUGUAUGCCAGUAUCUUCGGUAAUGUGUCGGCCAUCAUCCAGCGGCUGUACUCCGGUACGGCUCGUUACCACGCACAGAUGAUGAGAGUCCGAGAGUUCAUCCGCUUCCACCAGAUCCCAAACCCUCUGAGGCAGCGUCUGGAGGAGUACUUCCAGCACGCCUGGUCCUACACCAAUGGGAUCGACAUGAAUGCCGUUUUGAAAGGCUUUCCUGAGUGUCUGCAGGCAGACAUCUGUCUCCACCUGAACCGAACCCUGCUGCAGAACUGUAAGGCUUUCAAAGGAUCAUCCAAAGGCUGUCUGAGAGCUCUGGCCAUGAGGUUUAAGACCACCCAUGCCCCCCCAGGUGACACACUGGUCCACGCUGGAGACCUGAUCUCAGCCUUGUACUUCAUCUCCAGAGGGUCCAUUGAGAUCCUUAAAGGAGACGUGGUGGUGGCCAUACUGGGGAAGAAUGAUAUCUUUGGAGAACCCAUCAACCUGCACCCUCUCCCAGGAAAGUCGAUUGCUGACGUACGAGCUCUGACCUACUGUGACCUACACAAGAUCUACAGAGACGACAUGACAGAGGUUCUGGACAUGUACCCUGAGUUCUGUAAAUACUUCUGGUCAAACUUGGAGAUCACCUUCAACCUCAGAGAUGUAAACAGUGAAGGUGUUGGUCUGCUUGGUGGAGACGACUCUGACUACGACGAUUUCAGCCGACAACGCAGAAGACACAAACUCUCCUCAACACACACCGGUGACACGGUGUCCGUGAGCAGACAGAGGGUGACCUACAGGUGUAGAAGAAAUAAGAGGGAGCAGCGUGACGGUCACAACAAAGACGACUAUAAACACACGCUGUACGGUCCAGUGUUCUCCAGCGAGGACGAAGAGGAGGAUCCAAAGGUGACCAACUCUGAUCACACCUCCAGACUUCACGCUGCCGUUUCAAACGCGGCAAGGAGUGGCGACAGCGAGAGGAGAGAGAGGAGCUGUAACCCCCUGACAGAUGCUCUAUCCAGCGUCUCCAACAUCUUCACCUUCUGGGGCUCAGAGAGUCGAGAGGAGCAGAGAUACCAGGAGGUGCCGUGCUCCUUUAGCCUCCCAUCAUCUCCUCCUCCUCCAGAUCCGCCCUCCACCUUCCCCCGUCUCUCCACUGCUCCUCCCCAGCCUCCUCCAGCAGCCGUCAUCUCCAAGAAGCAGAGGGAAGAGCUGGAGAAGAGGCUGGAGGCCCUGCAGAGACAGAUCUUCAGAUUGGAGUCUUGCAUGUCUGCAGACAUCCGGACCAUCAUGCAGCUGCUGCAGAGACAGACCUCCAUGAUCCCACCCUCCUACAGCACGCUGACGACGGGAUCUAACGCACCCUCCACUCCCAUCCUGUCCCCAACCCCGUCCUCUACCACAGUCACCCCAACGCCAUCCUCCCCCACCAGCAAUCCGACGCCAUCCUCCCACUCAGACACCAAACAAGACGCCAUCCACUGAACCCAUCUGUGAGAAAAAGGUGACGAACGCCAAGGUCAGAGUACCCGUUUUAACCAUGAUUAUAUCCCAGUCCUACAGCCAUAGGGUUUCUGUAUCAGACAGUCAAAUCACAGCACACAUUCGUGGCUGUGUGGUCAUCUAAGCCGGGUCAUUAAGCAUUUUUAUAAACAUAAAGAUCAUGGCAUCUGACCUUGGGGUUACAUAGACUGUUCCCUUACUACACUGAUGAUCACAAAUAAUCUAGAUUUAUAUAUGGGGUUUACUUAUUUAUUUAUAUUUAUUCUGGGAUGUAAAUACAAAACCAGCUGUCUGAUCACUUCCAUACAUGUCUGAACUUUACACCGCAUUAUCUCUGUUAGCUAAAUUAGCAUGUCUCAUGUUUGUGACUGUAAUUCUGGAAACAUGUUUUGAUUUUGUUGAUAACAAAUAUUUCAGACGUAAAGAUUAAUCCCGUAGAAAUCCCAGUAAAACUAGGAAAAAACAACUUUUCCCAGGCUUAUCUAAAAAAAACUGAACUCUGUGUUUGAACCAUUUGGAGUCAAAGCACACUUAAGAUGUCUUUAGAAAGAAAACACUAAAGUUUCUGUUAGACUCACUAUAGGUGCUACAUGUAUAGAGUAACGAAUGUUUAUAGUGAAACAGAAGUACGUGGAUGACUGAAAACUCACCUGGAAGUCUGAACUAGUUCAGGUUCAAAGCUGAUAACAGAAAAUGAGGAUUUAACACCUGUUUUAUGGGGAAAAGUCCAGGUGUUUUCAAACUGGCACCCUACGCUAAAAGGCUGCUACUCCUGAAUGCUUCAACAUACAGACAUAAUCCUGCUGUUUAUGGAAAACUGACUCUUGGAGAAACCCUGUACAUAAUCUAGAAUCAUGAUCAGGAUUACUGGAAGAAAAAGAGAGGGAUUAAUACAAUACAGUGCAUUUUUGACUCUUUAUGCAUCAAAACUGAGCUUGAAAAAAAGUCAAAAAAAGUUCUAUGGUGGAGAAAUAGCAACAUAAAUUUUACAUUUACAUAUCCUGCACUUAUAUUUACAUUACUAGAGACAUUAUCUAUGAAUUUAACCAUUUUUGUGUUAAUGGCAACACAGCUUGUCCUUAUAUGGCUGGGGCUUGUGACAUCACAGGAGAGGUGGGCCACCUCACUUCAACUCAGGCCCUCAUUGGCUAAAGUAGAGUAAGGAAAGUCCCAACUGGUCGAGCCUUAGGACCAGAGUUUACAAAGGCCGGUAUUCGACCAACUUUUGGCCACUUUCACAGGUGGAUGUCUGACGGAUGAACACAUUAAUCACCAAAAUGUCUGGAUGAAAAAAAAUGCCACUUGUCAAAUAAGUAAUUAGUGACUGACUACAUUGUUAGUGAAACUAGAUGUUGCAAGAAUCCUUAUAUUUAAACUCAAGUUAUGUGUUUAUUUUUUAAGAACUUCCUUUUCAGUGCUGCUGGUUGUGUAAAUAUGUACAUGAUAGCACAUGGCUAAUUUGACGGUUAAUGUAAAUAUAAUCAGAAGGUUGGACUAGUACAAGAGUAGGUGGUAACGCUCCGCCUGGUAGCAGUCGCCAUGAAGAAGAAGAAAAUGCAAUAUUACCACCAGAAGAGAACAAUAGAGUUUGUGAUCGUGAGCUGUGUCGCUUUUAUGAUUAUUGAUUGACUGUUUGUAGUCCGACAAAUGCAUUAAUGGCGGCUGCUGUGGUGGAUUUAUCCUGGAAGGAUUUACGUGGUCAGAAUCCCGAGAAUCAGGACCGUCUGCACAGGUGCAGCCAGGGGUGGCUUAGAGGACUUGAUAUGUCAGUUAAAUGACGGUUGAUGACCAUCUGCAGGCUCCUUAGGCCGGCAGCGCUGUACUCCCUGCUCAGAAAAAAUGACUGUCUCAGGUUGCUAUAGUUACUCCAGAGUAACGGCUAAUGGCUGUGCAUUAAUUUGGAACAGUGAAAAGAUUUUUUGACCGGGACUACUUGAGAAG